UUGACUGUUUGGGUGUACCGGAAUAGCACUCAGUGUUUUUGACAUACGGGCAAGCCGCGGUUGUAAACCCCGCCGUGCCUUCGUCUAAUCGGUGUGUGCGUAGGGCUCGACCGUGUCUUCCCAGACUAGACCGUAGUGUAGACAGUGAAUGUCAUUAUCAGUGCUGUCUGCAUACCAGUGCCGUCGUGGCGAGCCAGCAGAGGAAGCAAAGUACAGUUUGCAGACUGAGGAGGAGGAGGGGAUGGAGCGGAGCAGGAGCAUUAUAGCUACGCGGUGUCCUUGCAGCGAACAGGAUACUAGAAGUGGGGGUGACAUUAAGAAAAUGGGUCUAAUAGCAAUUAAAAGCUGAGAGGUGUUUUAUGAGAAACCCCACUGCGUUGUUAUUUAACGAAGCAAUGUGAUUUCUGUCAUAAAUAUACUGCCCUGCAUGGAUCGAGGUUUUAACAGAAAAAAGGGAAACAGUCUUGUAACGGGUUGUUACUGGUCUGAUUUUGCCGUGUUGUAGAAGUCAUCCCACGGCUGAUAUUUGCCAUUAGACCGCCCACAAACAUCAAACCCGUUUCGGAAUCGAACUCGAUACACCCGAGCAGCAUUUCAGUCAGUGGAAAAAAAAAACAACAACGACGGGAUGUGGAAAUUUGCAAAAGCGUGCAAACCCGUUCACUGUGGUCAUUUAACCCACCGUGCGUGUUUUGCCCUUUGACAAGCCGAAAUCUCUAUGUAAUGUAUUAUAGACACUACAACACAUCACGAAGCGCAAAUGGCACAGUAAAUGUUGCAUUUUCAAGCUGAAGCGCGAUCAGUCCCCUCUUCUCUUGGCGUCAUAUUGCAGCAGUGGCCAUGAUCAAACAUUGCCUUUUAAACUGAGGAUACCAGCUAAAUGUUGGUUAUCUCAAAACCGUCGACUCAGUAAUUCCGCUGUAAAGUAAGAAGGGGAAACACCGCUUUCCACACUGCUGCACGUCAAGCUGUGAAAGACCGAGAGACGGGAACGACUGCUGGAAGUGGAUCUAAACAGGAAACUUCAAUCACCAUCAUGCAUGUGUCUAACUACCAGAAGAUUUGUGUAAUUUGAAAAAGACUUGAGGAGGGGGAAAAAAGGACUCGUAUCCAAGAACUCAGUCAGCAGACAAAAACAAUAGUAACCCAGUGCUUAGACAUGGCCAGCACCCAGACCACUUUCAAAAAAACCCCUUUCAAAGACAUGACCUCAUUCAAGGGCAACAUGAAAAGGCUGUACAGAGAGAGACUGGAAGAUGCACCCAUCAAGAAGCGAGUGAUGGCAGAGAUCAACCUGAAGUGUCGUGGCUUAGAUUCCCUCCCCAAAACUCCCAGGGUGAAGCGGGAACAGACUGAGGAGCUGCUCCACGACUCUGAGAUGGAUGUGGAGGGCCAGGCUGAAUUGCACGUGGUGGGUUCUGCUAAAGCCCUGGACCUGAGCCCUGGGCUCAAACACACACUGGCCCAAUUCACCCUCAGCAGCCAGAGCUCUCUUGGGGGUCCUGCUGCCUUCUCAGCCCGCACCGGCCAUGAGCAUUCCCCAGCUGGCAUGCCUCCGCUGCCCUCCCCUCCUGUUCUGGGAGGAGGCCCUCUGCUAGUUCCCUGUGACAGCUCCACCGAACUCACCCAUUCACUGCUGGAAGGAGAGUCCAUCUCCUGUUUUGUUGUCGGGGGAGAGAAACGGCUCUGCCUACCCCAGGUGCUCAACUCUGUGCUCCGUGACUUCUCGCUGCAGCAGAUCAACACUGUGUGCGACGAACUGUACGUCUACUGUUCACGUUGUGAUGCCGAGCAGCUGCACAUCCUCAAGGUGCUGGGCAUUCUGCCAUUCAACGCGCCUUCAUGUGGCCUCAUUACACUGACGGAUGCACAACGGUUGUGCAACGCUCUGCUGCGCCCUGGGGCGGCCUUGCCCGCUGACCCCAGCGGUAAGCUGUCGGCCCAGGGCCUGCUGAAGGAGGGCGAAGCCAGCUUUCAGGUGGAGCACCAGUGUCUGGGGAAGUGCCAGGGUCUCUUUGUGCCCCAGUUUUACACCCAGCCUGAGGCGCCCUGCAUUCAGUGUGUUGAGUGUCAAUUGCUCUUUUCACCACAAAAGUUUGUCAUGCAUUCACAUAAGUCACCUGAUAAGAGGACCUGCCACUGGGGCUUUGACUCAGCCAAGUGGCCCUGCUACCUGCAGCUUGCCAGGAAGUAUCAGGGCACACCUGAGGAGCCCAAGCUUAAGCAGCUCCUGGACGAGGUCAAAGAGAAGUUCCACUACCAGCUCAAGAGGUCACUAGACAAAAAGGCAGUGGAAGAGGAGGAGAGCCAGCCAAGACAGACCUCUGCAGACCUCUGCUCAUCCAGUAGCAAGAUGGCUGAUGCCGACCCUGCAAGAAAGGGGAAAACCUCUCCACCAACUCUGAUGUUCAACCCACUUUUCUCUGACAUCAAGGAGGAGCCAGGACAUCCCACCCUGGUCCAUCCCAGUUACUACCUGUACACCUACGAUAAGAUGGUGGCCCCUAAUGUGUCUCUGCGGAGGGAGGCGGAGAUAAGCCCGGAGAUGCUUGGAGUGCUGCUCAAACACCAUUACAGCCACCGAGUGCUGGGCCACAAUGAGCCGCCUAUGGAUCUUCACUCAUCGCCUCCCAUCGCUGCUGGUGCCGAGGAGACCAAAUCCCAACGUGCCGCCACUGCUGCUUCGACCAUUGAGCGGGAAUGCCAAACCCAGGCAGUUUCCAUGGAGACAAGCAGCCCGAGUUGCAAGAAAGCCAUCCACACCCCCACCCUCACCCCUCCGCCUCCUGCGUCGUUGCUGUCGCCGAUAACGGAAGUAGCAGCUAAGGACAUGGGCUCUGCCACGAGCUGCGCUGCAGUGGUGGUGGGGGGGCUGGAGGACGACAAGGACAGGAUUGUUGUGGAGAUCAUGCAGAUGUACAGCAGGCAGCAGGAGAAACUCAACUCCACCCUGCACAAGCAGCUGCAGCUAGAGAUGGAGCUGGAGACGUUGCACAGGGGUGAGGCAGCGAGGCUACGGGAGCUGAGCGCCGAGCAGCGGGAGCUUCGCAGCGAGCUGGAGGUGGUGCACAGUGAACAGGCACGGCAGCUCAGCCAGGCCCGCCAAGAACAGCUGGAGCUGGAGGCGCGUCUGGAACAGCUCCGACAGCAGACCUGUGCAUGUGAGCCAGGGGCACAACGCCAGCAAGAGGCCCACUACACUGCACAGUUGUCAGAGCUCCGUCAGAGGCUGGAACGGGCGGAGGCGGACCGGCAGGAGCUGCAGGAGGAGCUGCGCAGGGAGCGGGAGGCGCGGGAGAAGCUGGAGCGCACAAUCACCCAGCUCAAGCAACAGAUGGCCCAGUCUGGCACAAGGCCCCAGUGGCUGGCCAAAAGUAACCACCACCACCCCCAGACACCUCCCUCAUUCCUCUCCCCAUCACCUACCAACUCAACAGACACAAACGAAUCAGCCUGA